GAGCUCAUGUUGCUUAUAUAUUGACUAUUAGUUUUCCUUACGAUAAACUAUAAGUACGGUAACAAAAAGAAUGUCAACAAUGGACAUCGUCACUCGACUUAGCUGAUCAGUUUUCAUUGAUUGUAAGGAGCUUGCAUGCCAGGUCGGCACCACCAGCUCAACAACUCUACUCAUGGUGACCAAAGGAAUGGUAACUUAUUGAAUAACUCAUGGUGACCAAAGGAAAGGUAACUUAUUGAAUAACUCAUGGUGACCAAAGGAAAGAAAACUUAUUGAAUAACUCAUGGUGACCAAAGGAAUGGUAACUUAUUGAAUAACUCAUGGUGACCAAAGAAAAGAAAACUUAUUGAAUAACUCAUGGUGACCAAAGGAAUGGUAACUUAUUGAAUAACUCAUGGUGACCAAAGGAAAGGUAACUUAUUGAAUAACUCAUGAUGACCAAAGGAAAGGUAACUAAUUGAAUAACUCACGGUGACCAAAGGAAAGGUAACUUAUUGAUUUACUCAUGUUGACCAAAGGAAAGGUAACUAAUUGAAUAACUCAUGGUGACCAAAUGAAAGGUAACUUAUUUAAUAACUCAUGGUGACCAAAGGAAUGGUAAUUUAUUGAAUAACUCAUGGUGACCAAAGGAAAGAAAACUUAUUGAAUAACUCAUGGUGACCAAAGGAAAGGUAAUUUAUUGAAUAACUCAUGGUAACCAAAAGGAAAGGUAACUUAUUGAAUAGCUCACGGUGACCAAAGGAAAGGUAACUUAUUGAUUUACUCAUGGUGACCAAAGAAAAGGUAACUUAUUGAUUUACUCACGGUGACCAAAGGAAAUGUAACUUAUUGAAUAACUCAUGGUGACCAAAGAGAGAUUACAUUUUGUUUAUUUUAAAAAAAAACAACAGUUACUUUCAAUAAUUUGUAUAUAAGACAACAAACAAGUUGCUUUUGUCACGUCAAAAUACGUUAUGAAACAAUAAAGCUUCAUUGGUUAAGCAGAUUAAGUAGUGGAGUAAGAUAGGAGAAGGUAAUAAGGAACAUAGUGGCUGAAACAAUUUACAAGAAGACAUCAAACAACGACAGUGGUACCUGGACUCACGACCUGUCACAGAUUAUACAUCUAGAUCUCAGGACCUGUCACACAUUAUACAUUUGGAGCUCAGGACAUGUCACACAUUAUACAUCUAGAGUUGAGGACUUAUCACAAAUUAUACAUCUAGAGCUCAGGACAUGUCACAAAUGAUACAUCUAGAGCUGAGGACAUGUCACACAUUAUACACCUAGAGCUCAGGACAUAUCACACAUUAUACAUCUAGAUGUUAGGACCUGUCACACAUUAUACAUCUGGAGCUUAGGACAUGUCACACAAUAUACAACCCGAGUUCAGGACAUGUCACACAUUAUACAUAUGGAGCUCAGGACCUGUCACACAUUAUACAUAUGGAGCUCACGACAUGUCACACAUUAUACAUUUGGAGCUCAGGACAUGUCACAUAUUAUACAUUUGGAGCUUAGGACAUGUCACACAUUAUACAUCUAGAGUUGAGGACUUAUCACAAAUUAUACAUCAAGAGAUCAGGACAUGUCACAAAUGAUACAUCUAGAGCUGAGGACAUGUCACACAUUAUACAUCUGGAGCUCAUGACCUAUCAUGCAUUAUACAUCUAGAGCUUAGGACAUGUCACACAUUAUACAUCUGGAGCUCAGGACAUAUCACACAUUAUACAUCUAGAUCUUAGGAUCUGUCACACAUUAUACAUCUGGAGCUCAAAUCAUCUUGGUCGACCUUUAAGAGAACUUUAUUUCUAUUGAUCAACAUUGUAAUAGCUCCCCAGGAGUCAAAGCAGCAUAAGGUUAGGACAUUCAAACGUUUAAAUCUAGUCGUUGCAUUUCAUGUUUGUAUAUUUAAUCUAGCAUGCUACUAUCAAUGUGUGUAAUGAAACCAUGCAAGUCUUUUCAAUAUCGUUGUUAUUUAUAUCAUAUCAGUAUAUGCUGAGAUAAACUACAGUAUCUAUACUCUCAUUAACUGAAACAUAGACUCUUUGUGACAACUGUUAGCGUAGUUUACUUAAUUAAACACUGUUUAAGACAACUGUUGUUUGAUUUGUUCCCAGUAUGAUAACACACUAAUUGAGACAACUGUUGUCUGAUUUGUCCCCAGUAUGAUAAAACACUGUUUGAGACAACUGUUGUCUGAUCUGUCCCCAGUAUGAUAAGACACUGUUUGAGACAACUGUUGUCUGAUUUGUCCCCAGUAUGAUAACACACUGUUUGAGACAACUGUUGUUUGAUUUGUUCCUAGUAUGAUAACACACUGUUUGAGACAACUGUUGUCUGAUUUGUCCCCAGUAUGAUAACACACUGUUUGAGACAACUGUUGUCUGAUCUGUCCCCAGUAUGAUAAGACACUGUUUGAGACAACUGUUGUCUGAUUUGUUGCCAGUAUGAUAACACACUGUUUGAGACAACUGUUGUUUGAUUUGUUCCCAGUAUGAUAAUACACUGUUUGAGACAACUGUUGUCUGAUUUGUCCACAGUAUGAUAACACACUGUUUGAGACAACUGUUGUCUGAUUUGUUCCCAGUAUGAUAACACAAUGUUUGAGACAACUGUUGUCUAAUUUGUUCCCAGAAUGAUAACACACUGUUUGAGACAACUGUUGUCUGAUUUGUCCCCAGUAUGAUAAUACACUGUUUGAGACCACUGUUGUCUGAUUUGUCCCCAGUAUGAUAAGACACUGUUUGAGACAACUGUUGUCUGAUUUGUCCCCAGUAUGCGCAGGUGUAGGAGCUGCUCGCCACGCCCCAAGAGGUGCUGCCCUCCACUGAAAUGUUCCUGCGUGUGUUGUAGCCCUGACUGCUGCGUACCCUCAAGGCGAGCACGAUCGUUCAGUCCCAUCAAACGCUACGUGUCGUGUCCACCAUGUGACCCCUCUGAUCCGUGUGACCCCUGUUAUCCCAUCAAUUGUCCCAGACGCAAGUGUAAGACCUACCCUUCUUCCAUACUCUGCGACCCCUGCUGUCCACCCCGAAAGUCCAAGUGCUACAUACCCUAUGAUGCGUGCGACCCCUGCUGUCCACCCCGAAAGUCCAAGUGCUACAUACCCUAUGAUGCGUGCGACCCUUGUUAUCCUAAAAAGGGUAAAUGUUAUCCAUGCUACCCAAGAGGGGUCGAUAGCUUUGUGUCCAGAAAGUGCGAUCCCUGUGAUCCAUGCUACUCAUUUCGUCCGAAACGAUGUGAUCCCUGUGACCCCUGUGUUCCGAAAAAGUGCUUUCCAUGUGACCCUUGUAAACCAAGGAGAUGCGACCCCUGGGAUCCCUGUGAUCCAGGAAGGUGUGAUCCGUUUGACCCUUGCGACCCUUGUGUCCCAAGAAGACGUGACUCAUUUGAUCCCUGUGAACCUCGUAUUCCAUGUGACCCCUGCUUGCCAAGGAGGCGUAAACCGUGUUACCCUUGUGACCCCUGUUAUCCUCGAAAGGUAGGUCCCUGUGACCCAUGCUUUCCGAGGUGUCCUGAACCCUGUGAUCCCUGCGUCCCUCGAAGAAGGUAUCCAUGUGACCCAUGUUACCCAAGAAGGCGUGAUCCCUGUGAUCCCCGAUGUCGUGAUCCCUGUGACCCCUGUGAUCCUGCGGACCCAUGUUAUCCUCGAAGACGAAAACCAUGCUAUCCCUGCGGACCUCGGAGGCGUGACCCCUGUGAUCCCUGUGACCCUUGUGAACCAUGUGACCCCUAUUAUCCAAGAUGGCGUGACGCAUGCGACCCAUGCUAUCCUCGGAUUCGAGAUCCAUUAGAUCCCUGUGAUCCAAGGCGACGUUAUCCUUGUGACCCCUGUGAUCCAAGGCGACGUUAUCCAUGUGACCCCUAUGGUACGUGUCCACCCUUCAGAUGCUCAACGAAAUGCGAUGACUUUUUCCGCUCCAGAUGUCCAGUUUGCCUACAAUUAAAGUGCAUAUGCCUGAAAUCUUACAGCGCAGACGAUUGUAAAGGUAAGUCUUAAGCCUUUUUCAGGUUAUAUUGAUACAAUCUAAUGCAAAGGUACUUAACCUGUGGUCCACGGAGCCUUUGGGGGUCCAUACGAAUAUUUAAAAAAGUGUCAGUCCCGUUGUUUUUAUUGGGGAAAAACUGUAAAAUUAACGCAUUAGAACAAGGAACGUGUCGGCAAAAAGCCUUCUACAACAGCAAACAAACAAAAGUAAAAAAACUAAACACUAAGCUGUGUACGGCGAGUCAGAGUACGGGUGUCAAAGAAACACCAAAAAUGCGUCAUCUUCUCAUCUUCUAUAAUGUGUUCCAACCGAGAAGGACAUGUGAAAAAUGCAUGUAUAGAACCAGUGGCGAUGUAUAGAACCCGUGGUGAUGUAUAGAACCAGUAGCGAUGUAUAGAACCAGUAGCGAUGUAUAGAGCCAGUGGCGACGUAUAGAACCAGUGGUGAUGUAUAGAACCAGUAGCAAUGUAUAGAGCCAGUGGCGAUGUAUAGAACCAGUAGCGAUGUAUAGAACCAGUAGCGAUGUAUAGAACCAGUAGCGAUGUAUAGAGCCAGUGGCGACGUAUAGAACCAGUAGCAAUGUAUAGAGCCACUGGCGAUGUAUAGAACCAGUAGCGAUGUAUAGAGCCAGUGGCGACGUAUAGAACCAGUAGCGAUGUAUAGAACCAGUAGCGAUGUAUAGAACCAGGGCGAUGUAUAGAACCAGUAGCGAUGUAUAGAACCAGUGGUGAUGUAUAGGAUAAAUAGCGAUGUAUAGGACAUCAUAUUUAACGUAUACACUUAUUGUACUACAUACUCAUGUAGGACCUGUACACUUAUUGUGUUACAUACACAUAUAGGACCUGUACACUUAUUGUACUACAUAGACAUAUAGGACCUGCACACUUAUUGUACUACAUAGACAUAUAGGACCUGUACAGUUAUUGUACUACAUACACAUAUAUGACCUGUACAGCUAUUGUGCUAUCAUGUUGACCAGAACCAUGUCAUUUCUUUUGUUAUGAAUUAUCUCUGCUAUUUUUCUCCGCCCCUGCUGUAGAGGCCUGUCCACCACUGUCAUGUGACCCGUUCAACAAGACGUGCUAUCCUUGUGGAGAACCAGCUAGAUGUGCACAAGACUCGGCCUGCUGUCCCAUCAACACGUAAUAUAAAGGGAAAAAAAAGGGGUGGGGGAAGGUAACACCCAAGUUGUAUUGACAGGUAGAAUCAUGGGCAGAGUGUGGAGUUAGUAUUGACAGGUAGAAUCAUGGGCAGAGUGUGGAGUUAGUAUUGACAGGUAGAAUCAUGGGCAGAGUGUGGAGUUAGUAUUGACAGGUAGAAUCAUGGGCAGAGUGUGGAGUUAGUAUUGACAGGUAGAAUCAUGGGCAGAGUGUGGAGUUAGUAUUGACAGGUAAAUCAUGGGCAGAGUGUGGAGUUAGUAUUGACAGGUAGAAUCAUGGGCAGAGUGUGGAGUUAGUAUUGACAGGAAGAGAUAUAAUCACGCUCAUAUUAAAGCUAGUAUGGCCAGAUGUGGCAAUGUAGUGCGAUGCUAAUUUAAGACUUGUCUUAUUUCCCUAGUGCAGGCCGGCACAACUCAAAAUGUAAGGCGCACCGUAAUACUUGAGGAAAAACUUGUGCGGGCCAAAUGAUAAUAGGGCGGGCGGAAGCUAUUUAGAAAAUAAUAAAAAAGAAUAUUUCGUUACUUCGCGGGCCGCAAAAUGGGUGCUGGUGGGCCGUAUGUUGUGCAAACAUUUAUAUAAAACAAUACUUGUUUUUAAAUUUACUAUCCUAAUGUUCUACGCUCAUAAAUAAAGUUGUUUUAUAUUUAUUACUAGCGAGUACCCGGCAUGCGUUGCAAUGCCACUCAAGGAAAGAAAGUGUUUGCAUGUUAUGUUUCUUCAAGAGCUUUUAAAUAAUCAAAGUUUUUCUUGUUUUUCCAUCUGGUAUAUACACGAAUAAAUCAGAAGAUUUUCCGACGCGAGAGCAGGCCACAUACAUCUGUCCAUGGGCGAAGCAUGGGUUUUCCAAAUUUAGUCCGCAAACUUGUAGCGAUUGUCCCUGUGCUUUGUAGAUAGUCAUUGUAGACGCGUGUCGCAUAGGAAACUGUAGGCGUUUGAAUUCAAAUGGCAUAUCUGUUGGAAUCAUUGGGGUGAAUGGCAAAAGUACUGGUAUAUACACGAAUAAAUCAGAAGAUUUUCCGACGCGAGAGCAGGCCACAUACAUCUGUCCAUGGGCGAAGCAUGGGUUUUCCAAAUUUAGUCCGCAAACUUGUAGCGAUUGUCCCUGUGCUUUGUAGAUAGUCAUUGUAGACGCGUGUCGCAUAGGAAACUGUAGGCGUUUGAAUUCAAAUGGCAUAUCUGUUGGAAUCAUUGGGGUGAAUGGCAAAAGUACAUCACCUAGUUUAAAUUUUCCAUUUAAAAUAGUAACUUAAAUGGAACCAAUUUCGGAAGAUUCAUUUGAAAAAAUGUACCGUACCUAAUGCUUCGAUAUCAAAGUGCGUUUCUCGUUGCAAAUCAAGAGCGAAAAGUUUGUUUGCAGAUCGAUUCCGAGAGGUCAUUCCCAACUCAUGAAUCAUCAAUCGAUAUGAAUAGUAUUUCAUGGCACUGUCUUUCUUAUUCGAAAUUCUCAAUUUGAUGUCAAAAUGAUAUCCAUCUUCUCCUUGCCAAAAUAAAAUAGGAUAUUGCAAUCAAACGUAUGAGCGAUGAGUUUCUGAGACUCUCUGAAUAUCAACACUUCUGCAAUGAAGAAUUAUAUCACUUGAGUUAAAUUCUUUGCCAACUAUAAUGAUCGCCACUUCAUCAAUUGUUGGUGCAUUGUAUUGUCUUUCAUGUUGGCCGACAGGUGUUUAGUCUGCUCUAACUAUGACUUUGUAUUCAUCAGUCGGCAUCUUUUCAAGUGCAACUCUAUACAUUUGAAUUAAUUCGCUGUGUUGCAAAAAUAACGUUUGCAUUGCAGCGACGAUUUCUCGUUUAGUGCCCGUAUUGAUAUGACAACGUUGAUCGAUUUGCUCAUCAGUAUUCCCCAUGAAAUCAUUCGAAGACAUUUGUGAUCUGUGUUUGGCAUUGGCAUCAGAGAUCCUACACGAUGGUAAAUUUGGCCUUUCACUUAACUUUAAAUGUUGGCAUGUAAUUCUCGCGCACGAUAUUUGUUGCACCGAACGAUGUCAUUUGGAAACAUGAAUUGCAUUUGCGUAUUUCCAGUUGUAAAGUUUCUCAUUAAUUUAUAAAUCGUAAAUUCCAGCGGUAAAAAAUGACCGUAGUUCAAUAUCUACGCUGUCAAGUGUGUUAUUUAAUUACUUGAGAAACCAUCGAUUGGUGUAAAAUGUAUUGACAUAACACAAAACAACUCCGAAAUUAUGAGACUCUAUUCAAGAAAUACUCUUAGUUGAAAAAAAAAAACGCGAUUUCGAUGUCAUUUCCCAUUCUAAAAUACGUCACAAAAUUCAAGCUUAUUUAUACACAUAACAAAAAUACUCUCUACACCAAAAAUGUAAAAACGUGUUUUCUCUGCUUUACUACAAAUGUGCCAUUUGUUCAAGGGCGGUAGUGUUGAUAUCUCCGUUAUAAAUUUAAUUGAUGAAGCUCAUUUAAGAAAAUAAAUUGAAUUUAGGGUCCCCAGCCCUAAUUGGAAUAUUGUACAAUGGAUGUACUAAAUUUGAAAAAAUUGCCGGCGGAUUCAGCUACUUCCACACAUGCAAUAGCUUUGUUUGAAAUUAUAGUUACAAAGCUCUUAGAAGAAAAUAUGAAAUUAGGGUCACUGGCCCAAACGGAAUGUUGUAAAAUGUUUUUUUCUAAUUUAGAAACAUUUUCGGUAGUGCGCAUUUCACUUGACCCAGUUUGAUCACAAUCGAAUGAAUGGUAUAGAAAUGCAUACUAUAAUUAUAUAGAUAAUAGAAGUGUGGAAAACGAAUUUAGGACCCCCCUCCACAAAUGGAAUAUUGUAAAAUUGUUGUAUUACUUCAGAAACCUACUUAAUAUGUCACACACUCAAUUUAAUAUCACUAUUUGUAUUUGAUUAAAAAGCUAUCCAUUCAUGCUUUAGCUCUGUUUGAAAUUAUAGUUGUAUAGCUUAAAAUUAUAUUUGUAUAGCUUAUAUAGAAAAAACGAACAUAGGACCCCUGGCUAAAAACGGAGUAUUUUAAAAUGGUUGUAAUACUCACCUCAGUUUUAUCGCAAGCGCUUGAAUGAUGUAGGAGCGCAUGCGGUUUGAAAUUAUAUUUAUAUAGCUCAUUUUGUAAGAAACAAACAUAGGGCCCCUGGCUCAACACUGAAUAUUUUAAAACGGUUGUAGUAAUUUAAGAACCUUUGUGGGCGAUAGAACAACAUCUCACUAAAUUUUUAUCGCAUCUGAAAAAUGGUAUAGGAGCGCAUAGAAAAUUAUUUUUUACAAAGUGCAUAUAAGAAAAAAUAAGAAUUUGGAUCAACGGCCCAAAACGGAAUAUUUUAAAAGUGUUGUAAUGAAUGGUUAUGUUUAUAGAUAACAACUCGUCAAAGUUUUGUCGCAAUCGCGUGAAUGGUGCAGGAGCGCAUACGGUUUGAAAUUAUAUUUAUAUAGCUCAUAUAAGAAAAAAACGUAAAUAAGGCCGCUGGCUAAAAUUGGAAUAUUUUAAAAAGUUUAUAAUAAUUUAAAAACCUUUGCGGCCGUGCUUCCAACAUCUCAACAAAGUUUUACGUUUUAUUGCAAUCGGAUAAAUGGCGUAGGAGCGCAUAUGAAAAUUAUUUUUUACAAGGCUCAUAUAAGAAAAAAUACGAAUUAAGGGCCAACGGCCGAAAACAUAAUAUUUUUUAAAGUGUUUAAAUAACACAGUAAAAUGCACUGGCGCAUGGACAACAACUCAUUAAGUUUUGUAGCAAUCGCAUGAUUGGUGUAGGAGCGCAUACGGUUUGAAAAUAUAUUUAUAUAGUUCAUAUAAGGAAAAACGAAUAUGAGACCCCUGGCUCAAAACUGAAUACUUUAAAACGGUUGUAAUGAUUUAGAAUCCUUUAUGGACAUGUUUGCAACAUCUCACCAAAGUUUUAUAUCAAUCGGAUAAAUGGCGUAGGAGCGCAUAUGAAAAUUAUUUUUUACAAAGCUCAUAUAAGAAAAAAUACGAAUUAAGGGCCAACGGCCGAAAACGGAAUAUUUUUAAAAGUGUUUAAAUAACACAGUAAAAUGCAUUUGCGCAUGGACAACAUCUCAUUAUGUUUUGUAGCAAUCGCAUGAUUGGUGUAGGAGCGCAUACGGUUUGAAAAUAUAUUUAUAUAGCUCAUAUUAGGAAAAACGAAUAUGAGGCCCCUGGCUCAAAAAUGAAUACUUUAAAACGGUUGUAAUAAUUUAGAAACCUUUAUGGACAUGCUUGCAACAUCUCACCCAAGUUUUAUUGGAAUCGGAUAAAUGGCGUAAGAGCGCAUAUGAAAAUUAUUUUUUACAAGGCUCAUAUUAGAAAAAAUACGAAUUAAGGGCCAACGGCCGAAAACAGAAUGUUUGUAAAAGUGUUUAAAUAACACAGUAAAAUGCACUGGCGCAUGGACAACAACUCAUUAAGUUUUGUAGCAAUCGCUUGAUUGGUGUAGGAGCGCACACGGUUUGAAAAUAUAUUUAUAUAGCUCAUAUUAGGAAAAACGAAUAUGAGGCUCCUGGCUCAAAACUGAAUAAUUUAAAACGAUUGUAAUAAUUUAGAAAUGUUUAUGGACAUGCUCGCAACAUUUCACCAAAGUUUUAUAUGAAUCGGAUAAAUGGCUUAGGAGCGCAUGUGGAAACCAUUUUUACAAAGCUCAUAUUAGAAAAAAAAACGAAUUAAGGGCCAACGGCUAGGAACGAAACAGUUGAUAAGGUUUUUAAAGAGUUAGUUAAAUGGCCGGUUAUGUGGACAACAUUUGACCAAAGUUUUGUUGCAAUCGCAUGCAUGGUGUAGGAGCGCAUACGAGACAUACAGACAUACAGACAGACAUACAAACAUUUAUUUUUAUAUAUAUAGAUUACCAACAAACAUCAACAGGCGUUGUCAACUAAUAGAAAAUAUUCAUUUUUUAGCUCACUGCAAACUUUGACUUGUUAGUUGUCUACUUGUAUUGACUACUUGUAUUGACUUGUAUUUGUAUUGACUACUUCUCGGACAGUUUAAUGCAAUGAAAUAUUCGCCAUAUUUAUUGAUUUUUUCAUCAGAUCAUCCGGGGAGGCUGUGUGUCAAGAAACGAGGGUCGGGACAGAUGACCGAUGUGGUGUUGAUGGUAGGAAUUAGUAGCAGUGGUCCUUAGUAUCAGUGGUCCUUACUAUCAGUGGUCCUUACUAUCAGUGGGACUUAGUAUCAGUGGGACUUAGUAUCAGUGGUCCUUACUAUCAGUGGUCCUUACUAUCAGUGGGACUUAGUAUCAGUUUGACUUAGUAUCAGUGGUCCUUAGUAUCAGUGGUCCUUAGUAUCAGUGGUCCUUAGUAUCAUUGGUCCUUAGUAUCAGUGGUCCUUAGUAUCAUUGGUCCUUAGUAUCAGUGGUCCUUAGUAUCAUUGGUCCUUAGUAUCAGUGGUCCUUAGUAUCAGUGGGACUUAGUAUCAGUGGUCCUUGCUAUCAGUGAUCCUUACUAUCAGUGGUCCUUACUAUCAGUGGGACUUAGUAUCAGUGGGACAUAGUAUCAGUGGGACUUACUAUCAGUGGUCCUUACUAUCAGUGGUCCUUAGUAUCAGUGGGACUUAGUAUCAGUGGUCCUUAGUAUCAGUGGUCCUUAGUAUCAGUGGUCCUUAGUAUCAUUGGUCCUUAGUAUCAGUGGUCCUUAGUAUCAGUGGUCCUUAGUAUCAGUGGUCCUUAGUAUCAUUGGUCCUUAGUAUCAGUGGUCCUUAGUAUCAUUUGUCCUUAGUAUCAGUGGUCCUUAGUAUCAAUGGUCCUUAGUAUCAGUGGUCCUUACUAUCAGUGGUCCUUACUAUCAGUGGUCUUUAGUAUCAGUGGUCCUUACUAUCAGUGGUCCUUAGUAUCAAUGUUCCUUAGUAUCAUUGGUCCUUAGUAUCAGUGGUCCUUAGUAUCAGUGGUCCUGACUAUCAGUGGUCCUUACUAUCAGUGGUCCUUACUAUCAGUGGUCCUUAGUAUCAGUGGUCCUUAGUAUCAGUGGUCCUUAGUAUCAUUGGUCCUUAGUAUCAGUGGACCUUACUAUCAGUGGUCCUUAGUAUCAGUGGUCCUUAGUAUCAGUGGUCCUUAGUAUCAGUGGUCCUUAGUAUCAGUGGUCCUUAGUAUCAGUGGUCCUUACUAUCAGUGGUCCUAAGUAUCAGUGGUCUUUAGUAUCAGUGGUCCUUACUAUCAGUGGUCCUUAGUAUCAGUGGUCCUUACUAUCAGUGGUCCUUAGUAUCAGUGGUCCUUACUAUCAGUGGUCCUUAGUAUCAGUGGUCCUUAGUAUCAGUGGUCCUUAGUAUCAGUGGACCUUACUAUCAGUGGUCCUUAGUAUCAGUGGUCCUUAGUAUCAGGGGUCCUUAGUAUCAGUGGUCCUUAGUAUCAGUGGUCCUUAGUAUCAGUGGUCCUUAGUAUCAGUGGUCCUUAGUAUCAGUGGACCAGUGAGUACCGAGAGUUUGAGAUAACCCGGAUGUUCCUUGAUGUUUGCGGCAAAAAGCGCAAUGUAUACAGAACAUGUUUGAAAGUAAAUCAUUUUUCUAAAAAUAGAAUUGAGCCGAAGAUCCAAACCCCCAAAAGCGCGGUCACUACGCUCCUUAUCCUCCACCAGAGAUGUGGUCCACAAGUGAUGUUGUCCACCGGUGAUGUGGUCCAACAGUGAUGUGGUCCACCAGAGAUGUGGUCCACCAGUGAUGUAAUCCACCAGUGAUGUGGUCCACAAUUAUGUGGUCCACCAGUGAUGUGGUCCACCAGUUAUGUGGUCCACCAGAGAUGUGGUCCACUAGUGAUGUAAUCCACCAGUGAUGUGGUCCACCAGUGAUGUGGUCCACCAGAGAUGUGGUCCGCCAGUGAUGUGGUCCACCAGAGAUGUGGUCCUCCAGUGAUGUGGUCCACCAGUGAUGUGGUCUACCAGUGAUGUGGUCCACCAGUGAUGUGGUCCACCAGAGAUGUGGUCCACCAGUGAUGUGGUCCACCAGUGAUGUGGUCCACCAGUGAUGUGGUCCACCAGUGAUGUGGUCCACCAGUGAUGUGGUCCACCAGAGAUGUGGUCCACCAGUGAUGUGGUCCACCAGUGAUGUGGUCCACCAGAGAUGUGGUCCGCCAGUGAUGUAGUCCACCAGAGAUGUGGUCCACCAGUGAUGUGGUCCACCAGUGAUGUGGUCCACCAUUGAUGUGGUCCACCAGUGAUGUGGUCCACCAGGUAUGUGGUCCACCAGUGAUGUGGUCCACCAGUGAUGUGGUCCACCAGUGAUGUGUUCCACCAGUGAUGUGGUCCACCAGUUUGGUGUUCCACCAGGGAUGUGGUCCACCAGUGAUGGUAUCCACCAGUGAUGUGUCUCUCCCCCCCCCCCACCCCAGUUUGGUGUUCAACCAGUGAUGUGUUCCACCAGUGAUGUGUUCCACCAGUGAUGUGUUCCACCAGUGAUGUGUUCCACCAGUGAUGUGUCCCACCAGUUUGAUGUUCCACCAGUGAUGUGGUCUACCAGUGAUGUGGUCCACCAGCGAUGUGGUCCACCAGUAAUAUUGUCCAUCGGUGGUUUUGUCUGCAGAAUCGUUGGUCCGUAUGAUAGUGACAAUGGUCCCUUUGUCCCAAGUGACGGUGACCCUAGAAUCACUGGUAUCUGGUUUCGGUGAUUCUAUUGAGUCAGUGAUCCCUAGAGUCAGUGGUCCCUAUAGUCAGUGGUCGCUAGAGUCAGUGGUCCCUAGAGUCAGUGGUCCUUAGAGUCAGUGGUCCCUAGAGUCAGUGGUCACUAGAAGCUGUGGUCCCUAGAAUCAGUAUUCUCUAGAGUCAGUGUUCCCUAGAGUCAGUGAUCCCAAGAGUCAGUAGUCGCUAGAAGCAGUGGUCCCUGGUGACUGUGGCACGUGAUAUAUUACAUUAAAAUACAAGAUUUGUUGAAUAACAUUCGAAGCUCUCGUCAUAUUGAAAGAUCUUUUAACACGUGGAGUCUUGUGCUAACCCUAAAGUUGUAUGUGUUAACAUUAAAGUUAAUUGUGUUAGGCCAAAGUACCUUUUUUAAAUCCUAGAGUUGCUUCGUUUAGUCUUACAGCUAGUCCUUUUAUAGCCAAAAUGCAUCAGUCACAUGCAGUUCUUUCUUACCCACAGUGCAUCUCUUACACUCAGUCCUUUGUUACUCACAAUGCAAAUCUUAUGUCCAAUCAUUUCUUACAAACUUUGCAUCUCCUCUUGUCUAACAUUCAACCAAUAAAUAUCAAAUGCUUUUUUUCGCAGGUCCGUCAAAAGAUUUUUUGCAGAAAUCUAGAUGUUUAGGAAAAUGCAUGUCUCGUGAGUAUUCUGUGCCUAAUGUAUGUCUCAUGUGUGCCUAAUAAUAAUAAUAAUAAAGUUUAUUUGAAAAACACUCUUCAUCCCCAAAAGCUCGAAGCGCGGUACAAAGUCAACCAUAUUAAAAAGAGAAAAAAACAAAACAAUCUAAAAUUUAUCACAUUUAAAAACAGACGCAACAUUAAAAAAACUACAUACGAGCAUACCAAGUCAAGGUGUUCCCAGUGUGUGUCUAAUGUGUCUCUAAUGUGUGUCUAAUUUGUCUCUAAUGUGUGUCUAAUAUGUGGUCCUAAUGUAUGUCUGUGUUCCUAUUGUGUGUCUAAUUUGUUUGCCUAAUGUGUAUCUAAUGUGUGUCUAACUUGUGUCAAUUGUGUGCCUAAUGUGUAGCUAAUGUGUGUCUAAUUUGUGUCUAAUGUGUAGCUAAUGUGUGUCUAAUUUGUGUCUAUUGUGUGCCUAAUGUGUGCCUAAUUUGUGUUUAUUGUGUGCCUAAUGUGUAGCUAAUAUGUGUCUAAUUUGUGUCUAUUGUGUGCCUAAUGUGUAGCUAAUGUGUGUCUAAUUUGUGUCUAUUGUUUGCCUAAUGUGUAGCUAAUGUGUGCCUAAUGUGUGCUUAAUUUGUGUGUUAUGUGUGCCUAAUAAAGCACUGAUGAUAACAAUACCCUGAUUGUAAAGAGGGGAUCUGACUGUGUUAAAUUAAUAUUUGGAUAUUUGUCCAAUAUUAAAACAAUGUCAAACAUCCUUCUGUUUCAUGUAUUUAAAAUAACCCAAUGUGCAAUUACUUCACAUGUUCAUAGAGCUGAUGGCACUCUAUCCGUGUGUCUUUUUGUUACGUAAUCUUUCUACUAUGAAGUCGAUCGUUUCCCAAGUAAAAAACAAUUUGAUCUAUCGAUGACUUGGAUCCAAUGGACUGAACGCUCUUAUAGAGCACAUCCAUCAAGUCACAUUCUUUGUACCGGUAUAUAAGAAGAUGAUCAUGUACAUCUUACUACCAUCGUUUACAAGGUUAUGGUCUAAGUCUUGCUACCAUCCUGCUACCAUCUCUCUAGGAUAUCAGCCCCACUUCUGUCCCUGGGAGGCAGACAUCUCUGUGAGUGGAACCAUCAGAGCACAUUGUAACUCUACAGCGGGUAGGUCAAGGUGUCCCAAUGUAUUAUCAUAUUAAUAAGUUUAAAUGAUAUAAUAUGGCGUGACAUGCCAAUGAUGUCAUAAUAGGGAAUAGUUGUUCAAUAAAUCAAACAUUACUCUCAAAACAAAACAGUUUUAAGGGAUAAUUUCAAAUAUUAAAUUCACUUGAAUCAUAAAGAUUAAAACUCGCUGAACUAUUCCCGCUGUUGUCAAUGUUCAGAUUAAACCUGGAGGAACAAUUACCACUGUAGCUUUUGUUCAGAUUAAUCCAUGUGGAACGACUACCUCUGUAGCCUGUGUUCAGGUGUAGCCUAGAGGCACCGUCACCACUUAAGACUAUGUUAGUAAGAAACUUUUUACUGUUCUGUGAACAUGUCAUGGUUAUCCAUAAAACCUGCUGAUUAUUUCUUUAGUUGAAGUUGCCAAAAGAAUGACGGGACGAUUCAAAUCUGAUGGUGAGAGAUAUACAACAGGUAAGUUAUCAACCUUUGACGUGGGGUAUACAACAGGUAAGUUAUCAACCUUUGACGUGGGGUAUAUAACAGGUAAGUUAUCAACCUUUGACGUGGGGUAUACAACAGAUAAGUUAUCAACCUUUGACGUGGGGUAUAUAACAGGUAAGUUAUCAACCUUUGACGUGGGGUAUACAACAGAUAAGUUAUCAACUUUUGACGUGAGGUAUAAAACAGGUAAGUUAUCAACCUUUGACGUGGGAUAUACAACAGGUAAGUUAUCAACCUUUGAUGUGGGAUAUACAACAGGUAAGUUAUCAACCUUUGAUGUGGGAUAUACAACAGGUAAGUUAUCAACCUUUGAUGUGGGAUAUACAACAGGUAAGUUAUCAAACUUUGAUGUGGGAUAUACAACAGGUAAGUUAUCAACCUUUGAUGUGGGAUAUACAACAGAUAAGUUAUCAACCUUUGAUUUGGGAUAUACAACAGGUAAGUUAUCAACCUUUGAUGUGGGGUAUAUAACAGGUAAGUUAUCAACCUUUGAUGUGGGAUAUACAACAGGUAAGUUAUCAACCUUUGAUGUGGGAUAUACAAUAGUGGAGUUAUACAAGUACUUUUCCAAAAGCAAAGAAGUUUUGAAUUGUGAUCAUUUAAAGAACGUAGCGAUUUUAGAUUAAAUAGUUAAUAUUUACUUUGUAUUGUGAUUACAUGUAAUUUAUAAAGCUGAUCUUUACUUUGUCUGAAAUCACAGACUCGUGCGCCAAGCUUCCAGCAAACAGACUUUCAGGUAAGAAAUUAUCAUGGUAUUAUUUUAUUUCUUUAAAAAAAUUAUUAUUUGUUAUUAAAUAAUCAAGUUUCUAUUUUUAGAAAAGGAUGAUACAUAAUUUUACGUAACUGCCAUGUCUUUUUCCUAUUUGGUUUUUUAUAUUUUACUUCAAAUCACUUCCUUUCCAUUCUGCUUUAAUUUGUUUCUGCCUGAUUUUUCUGCUCACUCAUAUUUUUUUCUCCUGCUUUUUAGGUAGGAUAUGUAUAUAUGUAUAUAUAUAUAUAUAUAUAUAUAUAUAUAAAUUAUAUAUAAUUUAUAUGUAUUUAAAUGUUUUGUUGUUACACAAAUGAAGGCAUGUGCCGAAACGUUUACUUGUGUAUUAUUUAAAAUUAUUAUUAAAGCUAAAAAUAUAUAUUGUUGCAUUAAUUGUGUCUAUUUAAUCUAUUUUAAAGCUUUAAGCUUUAUCGCAGUCCAACACUCUCAUAUUUCGUUCAAGGAGAGAUUUUGUACAUGUCUUUCAAUCGAACUGACUCGAAUGUUUCAGAGAGCCAACAAAUGAGUUUAGGAGUGCUAGAUGACGGGACGAACCUGGAUUUCUCUAGAAACAAUCGAAAGUUGUCAGAGAAGCAGAAAAACAAGGACACCAUCGUGCUGAAUUCUCAAGUGAACCGACCAGCCAAGGAUUCAGAGAAAGCAAAAGCUUCAGCUCCGCAGACCAAUGAGAGCAGCUUACAGAAGGCUAAGCGAAAAAAGUCUAAAACCUUACCGUUACCCUGUUAUGAAAGUGAUGACGCAGACGUACGGUCCGACUCAAUGGAGGGUGUUGAUCGGUUCUACGAGACAUCCGUCAGCCACGACGGCGGGAUCGUCAGGAAAAAAGUUGACCUAGAUAUGGACAGGCAGGCUCGCAGCAGAUCGGACCGUGUUCGCAGGAUUCUGGAAGCAUCUGAUUCACAGCAGAAGGACACUGGUCGGGAAGUGGAGCAGUUCGUGGCUCGCAGAUCACAUGAUAAGGCGUCGCCGUCUAAAAAUAACUCUCACUAUCUUUGUAGGAAUGAGAGUCCCCACUCUGUGCAGCAUAAAUGUGAACAUAAACCAAGUGACAAUAGGAGAUGUCAUUCAGAUGACAAAGAUGGCGAAUAUGACGAUGUCUCUGACGACAUCAAGAAUUUUCUCCGUCUUCGAAAACGCCACUGGCUCCACAGCAGCAGCCAGCGCAGGGCCACCACGCACCACAGAUCUCCCUCCGUCGAGCAGGACAACACGCCACCUGGCGGCGUCUGCUCCAAAGAUGGUGCAGCACCGGGUAGAUGCAGGCGGCGGUCGGCGUCUCAGGACAACGAAGAAGUCUCAUCAGACGACAGUCAGACCGUGCUGUCUACCAGGAGACAACACACAGCAUCCCACCCGGAAGAAGAGGAACAUGCAACGAGGACAGUUUUCAGGAAGGUUCAAGAUGAUAAGCAUUCACAUUGUCGAAAUCACAGGAGAUAACAUUCACAAGCUGGCACUAACAGGGGAUAAUAUUCGCAGGUCAGAACUCACAGGAGAUAAACCUUCCCAUUUAAGGACUCAAAGAAAGGUCAACAUUAACAUUGUACGACUCGCGGGUGAAUCAUAAUUAUGAAGGAUCCUUUCCAACACGUCACCAUGACGUCACUUCCGAUUAAACAAAACCAAGAUGUUCUUCUCCCCUGUCUUCUACUAGUCAUUAACUUGUUGGUUUUUGUUUUUUUUUGACGUCAGACGGGAUGAACGUAGCAGAACCGUGUCUCUGAUUUUAGUUUAUAUUUCCUACAAGUGGGGACAGAACGGCAUCGACUACACAGUAAUAAAUCAACACCACAUGUGUCAUGACCUGAUCUUGUAUUUCUGAAACAUUUUACGUAAGCUAGCAUCUACUAUAACCAG